AUGGUUGCCAAGCGAGUCGGCCAUCGGAAGUCUCGAAAGGGAUGUCUCCACUGCAAGGCCCGACGCGUCAAGUGCGACGAGCUUAGCCCAUGCAGUGCAUGCGUUCGUCACAAGGUUCCCUGCAGCCUGACGCAAGGCAAGCUCGAGGCCGAUACGGCGACAGGCCCAAGCAAGAUUGAAGCUGUUCCCCCCAGGAGGAGCGUCAGGUCCGACUCACCAGCAACGCAUUCCGGAAUUCAUCUCGCUAUCCCCAAGAAUUCAGCUCUCGUAAAGGGGAGCUACUACUCCCCAGAGUGGAUGCAGAGCUUGAAGCUUCUUCACCACUAUUCUACAACCGUGUAUGCAACACUCGUCCGCGACCCAUCCACUACCGAGCUAUGGAAGUUGACGGUGCCACAAAUUGCUUGUACCCAUGAGUUCUUCAUGCAUGGAUUGCUUGCUGUUUCGGCAUUACACUACGCUCAUACUCACCCUGAACAUCAUCGAGAAUUCGCCAUUAUAUCUUCAGCCUACCAGAACCUUGCCCUACAGCAUUUCUCAUCUAACCUGGGAGAUAUCAACGAAGAAAACUGCGAGGCUUUCUUCCUUCUGGCCUCCUUCAUCGUGAUCGUGUCCAUCUGCUCCGUUGCGAACCCGUACGAUCCCGAGAUAAAUGUCACCUCACGCGACGUGGCUCAGGCCUUUUACCUGUCGCAGGGUGUCAGAAAUAUCCUAGCUUUCAAGCCGAUUGAGAAGUGGAGGAAGGAUGGUCCUCUGGCGCCUUUAUUAGUACCACUGGAAUCCUCUGCACCACGAAAGUCUCUCAACUUCCAACGGCGGAUGGAGAAGAUCGCAGAGCUCGCACGGACCCUGCCUCUCGGGAUGGCGGUCAUCAACGAACGCUCAGCAAGCCUUCUCGCCAUAGAGGCUCUUCGAAGCGCUUACUUGGAAACUGCAGAUGAGUGCUCGCCGUCGAGUGCGCGUCGAGUAUGGCUGUGGGCGUUUUCUUUGCCGCCUCUAUUUCUCGAGAUGAUUUGCAACGAUCAUCCCAUUGCUUUGAUUAUUCUGGCGCAUUUUGCUGCGCUGGCUAAGCCGUUUGAGCAUCAGGACUGGAUAACCCGGGGUUGGAGUUUGAGUGUUCUUGCAUUAGUUGACCGUUUACUUGUCGAUCCUUGGAUAGAAUGGAUUCAGUGGGCACGACAAUGUGUGGCUGGUGGAAAGAAUGUGGAUGACUUGGACCCUUAG